UUACUAGUAGUGACGUUACUAGCUAGCUUGAUAUGUUUUACGUCCUGACAAUUGUUUGUUUGUAUUCCUCCUACUAAUUUUAGAAUCAAAUGUACUGGAUGAGAUCCAGUUGGAUGUGCCACUGCUGCCAGUCAUCCUUGAUGUCCAGGAUGCUGCUAUCAUCCUUGAGGAUGUGCCAGAUGUACCGACUAUCCUUGAGGAGGCCACUGGUAAUUGGCAGUUGAUACCGAUUAGGUUCAGCCCCCUGUACUGUGGGCCUGUUGUGAUCAGAAACCAUGCCGGUCCAGUGGCUAAAGCUUGGAGAACUUUCCAGUUCAUCAGCCCCAUUAUCACCUAUAUGCGUGGGGGAUCCCAGCAGGUGGUGGUGAGGAGGCACCAUGUGAGUAGGGUUCGAGGCCUGGAGACUCAACUGGUGUGGGCCAUCUCCAGGGAGACAGCCAGACUUAGUUCAGAGGGCAUCCCCUACUGUGCCACCAAGGUUCAGUCCGUCACUUGGAUCCUGUAUGUGGCUGGCAGGGUGACCCAGUAUGCUUCUCACCUCCGCCAUGAGACGUCUGUGGACAUGACCCUUGGCUGCUACCAGCAGACUGAUGUCUCGGUGGUGUAUGCCACUCUGCACAUGGGGCCGGAUGGGCUGCUCUCCUCCUCGGCGUGGUCGGAGGCUGCCUCCGUGUCUACGCCCACCAAUCAGCAGUUCACGGAGCCAGAGCCUGAGGGCCACAACUGCUAUGAGGGCUGGGAGGAGGACCUGCUGCCUGAGGAGAGGGAGGUUCCUCUGCUAAACCUCUACCUUACCACCAAGAGAGUGGAGGACAUCGCCCUGAGGCUCGUCUCCCUGCGCCAGGCCUUCACUACCCUGCUUGGUUCCACCCUGAGCAGGAACCAUCUGUUUGUGGCAGGAAAGGUCCUAAUGGGCGCACUGGUUCAGGCCCACCACAUGGACGAGGCCGAAUUCAUCCGUGCCUAUAACGACUUUGUGGACUACCUGAGUGACCCCUCCAAGCAGAUUGACAUUGAGAGGGAGCUGGCUGAGGCAAAGAUCCAUCAUGUUAACCUGAUAGAUGUCCUCUUUGAACUGGUGCUAUUUGGGAUGAUGACAGCUCAGAAGUCCCUGAUGGUGCACCCUGGUGGGUUCAUGGAGCGUCUGUACGCUCUCCUGUACUCCUUCCUGCCCGUAGCUGCCAGCAUUGAGCCAAAGGCCGAGAGAUACCUGCUGCUGCUCAAUGAUUCUUGCGACACUUUGCCACCACACAGGGGUCUAGACACAAAUGCACUAUAUUACUUUGCACUGAAUUUUACAUUUCUAAAUAAAAUAACUAGUAGUUCAAAAGCAUUUGUCUCUGUCUUUUCAUUUACUUGAUUAUUUCAUCACUAUUUCCUAUUCCUGGAGU